ACGCGCGGUGUUGGAGAGCGAAGAUGGCGGAGAGUAAUGUGGAGUCGGAGCAGGACUGGAUCGACCGGGCCCUGGACACGGCCGACGACACCCUGGUUGCAAUGGAAACCCUGCUUGCCACACUUAGAGCCUUUGAAGACGUACUCCGGCAACAAGAACUAUCCAUAGCAUCUUCCACGGAGUACUGCGACAACUUCUGUCAGGCACUUAUGCACUAUGCUGGGAGCAGGAACUCCAUGGAGCAUGGUCUGCCUCUUCUGGAGGUCUACUGUCUGUCCAUUAGCUGCUUUGCUGCUGCCCGAUCCCACCUCACUGCAGAGUCCGACAGAGUGGCCCUUGUUUUGAAGAGACUAGCUUUGAGCUGUUUUGAACUAUUGCUGUCAGUGCCUGAGAAUGAAAUCCCGUAUGAAGCCUGGGUUCAAUUCCACCACUCUGUUCAGAUUGCCCAUGAUACCUUGCUACAGUAUGGAAGCACAGACCUCCAAGCUUUACUCCAGAUCACGGGAGAGGGAGGCGCGUGGAGCAAUGCUGUCCUCACCUCUCUCCUCACCGGCCUGCCCACCAACCCAGACGAAGUUAAUGCAUACAUCAGCUUGGAGGGCGAGGGCUUCUUGGAGAUGCGUGUGAAGCACCUGGAGAAGAUGGGCGAAGUGGCUAAAGCCGUGGUGCUGGCUAAAGCUUGUACUGAAUGCAGCUCCAUCUCCAACCAAGCUACCUUCCGUCAAACAUUUGUCUCCCUGCUCUGUCACCUGCUGCCCAAUGAAGAGGCCAUCAUGGAGAUAUCAAGACUCGACUGUAAGGACGUAUUGGAGAUCACAUGUACUUUGGAGUCCGAGGGGGAGGAGAACACCGCCUUUAUCUUGUGCACAACUUUCCUGACACAGCAGCUCCAGCAGCAGAGCCUGUACUGUUCCUGGGAGUUGACUCUGUUGUGGAGUAAGCUUCAGAGGAAGAUCGACCCCUCGUCGAUGUCUCUUCUGGAACGAUGCCUUCAGCUAGGUGCCAUUGCCCAAACGGUCCUGCAUUUGCUUUGCCUCGUCCGUGUCAUUCAGACAGAGACGCAGGAAAUGGGGAUACCUGCCUCGGUAGAACUUUGUGUCAAAGCACUUCAACUUCCAAAGCAAGAUGACUCAGAAACCAGGAUCUCUGUCUGUAAGAGCGUGUCCUGCCUUCUUCCAGGAGACCUUGAAGUGUUGCGUGCGUGCCUACUCACAGAAUUCCUUCUUGGCCCAAGCCCGGAGGUCUUUGGGUCCCUGAAGGAGCUUUACUUGCGCCCAGACCAAAAAUAUGACCAGGAAAACGAGGUCAUUCCCAACUCACUACGCUGCGAAUUGUUAUUAGCUCUGAAAGCAUACUGGCCUUUUGACCCUGAAUUCUGGGACUGGAAAACUCUGAAAUAUCACUGCAUCUCACUUCUGGGGUUGAGGCCGGAAUCAGAUGGGGAAGAGGAGGAGGCAACAGACAAUCGAGGUAAAAGUAAACAACCUGAACCACAGGGAGUUGCAGUGAAAGUGGAAUCUGAGCAUCAAAAGAUUAUUGGAAUUGUUGAUGGUGAUGAGCAGCAGGAUGAUAAGCAGUUUUCUGACGCACCAGAAAUCAAAGAAGAAUCUGCGUCAAAGAAACACAAGUUCUGCUGUAAGAUUUGUAAGAGGUCGUUCACUGACACCCAAAUCAUUCACCACUCCAAGAAACACGGAGAGCGCAACAGACACCCCUGCCCCAUGUGCUUGGAAAAGUUCAAGAGCAGAAAGGACCUUGUUCCUCACCUAAAAGAACACUUGCAGAGUAAAGCAAAUGUAAACAAAGACAACGUAAAGACAGAAGCUGAGCAGAAACGGAUGGAGGAGGAUGAUGAUAUUGAACCAGGGGAGAUCACCAUUGACCCUUCCUUAAUGCAGUACUACAAAUCCACACAUGAUCCAGAGGUGCUGCAACACAUCGUGCAACAAGCCAAAAGUGUAAAAGAGAAGAAUAUGGACGAUGAUGAGUAUGUAACGUUUGAGUACAUUGACGAACACUUCAACCUGCAGAAUCGGGACGAGUAUCCGUGUCCAGGAACCGGCUGCACUCGGAUCUUUAAACAUUCCAAGUACUUGUAUGUUCAUUUAAAGUUGGAGCACAGAGGUGAUGACAAUGUGAAACAUUUUAAUCAGAUGAGAGACAAGCGUGAGAAGUGUGUGUUUUGCAGACGCCAUUUAGCCUCCGCACACCAUCACCGCAAACACCGAAGAGUCCACUAUGGAGAUCGGCCUUACAUGUGUGUGGUUAUGGGUUGUGGUGCUAAGUUCAGGACUUCUAUCGAGCUUGUCACGCACAAACAAACCCACGGCUUCCACCUCAAUUACCAGUGUGAGCUCAAAGGCUGCUACGUCACUUACUCCGACUUGGGACAAAUCUACCACCAUGAAGCACAGCAUUUCAGAGAUGCAGCCUUUACAUGCUCUAGCCCUGAAUGUAGUAAAUACUAUCUAUCCAAAAAAGAAUUCAUAAAGCAUUUAUCCACACACAACAUCACCUUCUCUGAAAGAGACUUUGAAGCCCAGAGGAAGGCUAGGCGGAAACUUCUGAAGACGCUUACAACUGAAGCCUCAAACCGCCUUAAUAAGUCAUCUGAUCCAGCAGAGACUGAUAAUGGAGAUGUCCUAAACUCUUCCUCAACAAGUUGUGCCUCCUCUUUGCAAUCCUCUGACGGCAAGGAGCCCAAAACAACAAUGACCCUGGUGGCUGUGUGUUUUGAUGGAAGUAAGUUUACUUGUGGUUUUGAGAAAUGUGGCAUGACUUUCUCCAGAGCCAGAGAUGUCCAGAGGCAUCUUAAGUGUGCCCACCCAGAACACCUUAAACUGGAGAACAAAGAACACAAACAUGACAAAGACAGGGGCUCAAAGUCCAAGGGGAUGAAGACUGAAACUGAGCCUGACAGUGAGGAAAAGGGAAAGGGGGAGCUCUCAACUCCAUUUCAACCCAUGAAGGCAGACACAGAAAAAAAAGAAGAUACUGAACCCCAAAACAAUGAAACAAACUCUUCAAGCUUUCAAACAAAUACGGAUGAUCUGAGUGAAGUCCUUAUGGGGCUCAGUAAACUGGACCUGAAUUCAUUACCACCUCACAGUGUGCCAACUGAGCCCCCCCAGUCCAACCCAGAGUCAAAUACAUCCCACACAUCUCUCCAUCAGGCAAUCAUGGCAAAGCCUCCUGUUGUGCUGCUCCGGAAGAGGGCCCUACAAGUGCCAGAUGAAAAUGUAAAAGUAAAAACUGAAAAUGUAUCAGAUGAUGAUGGUGAUGAUGAAGAAGGAGACGCAGAAUCGUUGGCCACUGCUAAGCCGUACAUCUGUGAGAUGAAAGGUUGUGACUUCAGGACCGCUCAGAGUUACAGCUUACGGCGACACUAUAACUCCAUACAUGGCCGCUCUGUCGAACAGGCAAGAAGGUUGACUUCUCUGAAAACAACAUCUUUCAAGCCUUAUGUCUGCCAGCUUUGCUCCAAAAGUCACAGAGAAAAACGUGCGUUGAGGGCCCACUAUAUUCAAAUACAUAAAUUGAGUGCGACACUGGUUAACAAAAUAAGCUAUAUACGGCAUGAGGUAAACAAAAACUCCUCAAUGCAUGCAUCACUGCUCCUGAGGAAGCAUGGUUUGAACAUAUGGAAAAAAGAGAUACCUAAGUUGCAACGCAAACCAGAGAAAAAAACUUCAACCGUGGUAAGUGAAAAUAAACCAAACUUUGACAAUCUUUCACCAUCUGAAGAGGGAGGAGAGGACGAAGCGAAGAGUAGAGAGGAAGACAAAGUGCCGAAGGUAGAAAGUGAGGACAGGACAACAAAACAGGUCAGGACUACAAGACGAUUGGUAACCAAAAAUAAUCUCUGCUAUAUACUGGAUAAAUUCAGUAAACCCUUUCAUUGUGUAGCAAAAAAUUGUGAUGCCGCUUUUUCCACCCAGGGGGGCCUAGUGCGCCACUUACAGUUGAUACACCAUUACAAUCGUUCUCAGCUCCUGUUGGAAAAAGAUUUUGAGUCGCAUCACAGACAAGAAGUCAGAAAAGAGCCCGCCAAGAAAAGGCAUCUCCCAAACUUAGAUGAACCUCAGCCCCAAUACAAGUGUCACUUUGCCAACUGUUAUGCUUCCUACCACCUCAAAAGCAGCCUAGUGCGUCACACUCGGGAUUUUCACUCACAACCUCCAGAGCCGAUAAGGUGCAAGUUUGAGGGCUGUACAAGAGUAUUCAGCCAUGACGAUGCACUUAAGAAACAUACGCUUUACAGUCACUGCGAGUACUACGAUUCGUUGGUGGUACGUCUGCAGAGCACUCACAAAAAGUCAAUUACUGGAUGCCAAAAAAAGCUUAUCGUCGCACCACAGAGUCCUCAGAAAGAAGAAUCUGGAUCAACCGCCUCACAGGCCGAGGGAUCCAGUUCCGAGCCUGAUGGGACCAUGCAGUCAGAGGAAGCUGUUGUUGACAAGGAAAAGAGCGCAAGUAAGCAAAAGAUGUAUCGUUUCAGCCAUUCUGUAUUCAGAUCUCACGAAGAAGCUCUACAAAUGUGCCAAGACCGUGGUUUGCGCAAGGCCUACCCAUGCAUGAUGCAGGGCUGUGAUUCUAUCGUCACGUACUCUAAGAGCUUGCACCGUCACUACCUGAGGGUUCACCGCAUGUGUCGGGAGGAUGUCUAUAAAAAUGAAGAUAAGCUGGUCAACAAUGCUGAACAGCUGGAAGAACUGAUUCAGAGGAAGUCAGCGAGGCCAACGGUUACAGAAACAUGUUCCCCUAAUGGGGUUCGCAAAAUGGAGUAUCAGGCAGAGCCAGAAAACACAGGGGGGCAGCCUGCACCCAUGAGCUUACACUCCAUCAAGGCAGAUGCACAGGAGGAGGAUAAUGACAACCCAAUGGGAUUCCCAGAGGAGGAAGAGGAGGAGCCGCCACCUGUUGAGAGAAAUGGUGUCCUUGUUGGUGCAGAUGAGGUGCUUUACGGCGAGCCGAGCACCGGUGGUCACACUGAAGGCUCUGCUGCAUCAGCACAGAACAGCCAGAAACAGGAAGAGAGAUUAAGCUUGGAUAAAAUCAAACCUCUUCUUCGUUCCCUAACUGUUGACCUCUCGCCACCCUGCUCACUGCGCAUAACUGCUGAGGACGGCCUUCAAGACUCGUCAGGCAGCAAGGAUGGUGGUAAACUGGUGAACGGGGCAGCUUUGUUGGCCGCCUUUCCUGUUCGCCAGCCACUUAAACGAAAAAAUGAAUUGUCUGAACCACCUUUAAACUUAAAAGAGACCCAGCCUCAUGGCCCUUCUCCUCUCCCAUUUGACAUCACAGCUUAUAAGCCUAUAGGCUUUGAAUCCUCAUUCCUGAGGUUCAUACAAGACACAACGCCGAAAGACAAAAAUGUGUCGGCACCGAAGCGGCGAGACUCUUUCAGACGCGGUUGUUCGGUAAAAGAGAACAACCAGCUGGGAAUCUCUCACACCCGCAGGCGCACUCAUUCCCCAAUGCUCAAGCCCCACACUAUUACUGGAGACUUUACACCUGUCCAAAACUUGAAGUCCAUCUUGGACAAAGCCCUGGCUGGGUGUGGGGACCUGGCUAUUAAGCAGCUCCAGUAUCUCAGACCUGUGGUGGUACUGGGGAGGCCAGUGUGCAGCACCACACUGCCAUACAUCUUCCCAUCAGACACCAACAACAGCGAACUGCUUCUUGGAAGUUAGAACGGAGCACCUUUUUAACAUAGCUAUGGCAAGUUAUGUUGUACUUUCACAAGUUGAUCAGUAUUUUGUUUUCUCAAAAUUAUAGUAUUAGGUUUUUGUUUUGUUUUUUAAUUUGCCAAACUGAAGAAUCAUUUGAAGAAAUUAGCAUUGUGAUAAACAAGUGUAAAGAGUGCACUUUCUUUUUUCCUUUUUUUUUUAGACAUGAAAGCAUUCAGAUAGUUCCUAAUAAUAAGUUAACUUGUCAUUACAAAUGUGUAUAUACUGUAGUCCUCCUAGUAGGAGAAAUGUACAGAUUUUCCGAUUGUUAGACAUGGUCAGUGGUGUAUUGCAAGACCUUCUCAGUUGUGUAUGUGACUGAAAGGAAAAGAAAUACUCACUACAAAGAUUUUGAGGAUUAUGUUUGGUUAUUUUUCACCUCAGUUUAUAAUAAAUCACUGUUCGGAUGCAGUGGACAGGUGUUGGCUGAGAUGGAUGGAUGGAUGGAUGUAUGUAUGUAUGUAUGUAUGUAUGUAACACUUUAUAAAUAAAUAAGUGUGGAAACAAAUAUAAAGCCCUUAACUUUCAGAA